AUGCCGCCUCUGAGGCGAGAAAUUUCAUCUAGAUCGGGCUUCGGUUUUCUAUGUUUCGCUGCGAAGAGGCGCGCGUGUGGUUCGGCAUGCCCGACCGUGACGGAUUCAGUUUGCCCAUUGUCCGGUAGCCAACGAUUCGUAACGGCCCCGAAAGGGAUCGCAAUCAACAAACGCCCAACGUUAUUUGUGAGCACCGACGACACUUCCUGUUUACUCGAAACUGACGUUCCCCAUCGCGGAGCGCAACCAGCACCACUGCAUCUGGACACGGACCGGGCCAAUCGUUCGCAAUUAGACAUUCUCACCACCUCGCCGAAACAGAAACCGAUCACGUCCUUACUGGUGGCACAAAAAGCGGCCGCGGAGCUAAGUAGCUCGCGCGAGCGGUGCGCCCGCUUUUUGCGCUCGCCGCGUCAAUGGGCC